ACGACGCUGGUGGAAAGUUGGGUCAGAGGGGGAAGUGCGGAGCAAAAGGAAGGAAACCGCGGAGGCGGCGCCGCACCCGAAAUCUUAGAUUGGCUUUGGAGUUCUUAGGCGGCAUCGGUGUGCCAGUUUUUCCGCGCGGGAGGGCGAAGAGGGCGCUCAGAUUCACUCCCCGGCGCACUUGGGUGACUUAAGGACCCCUGAUAACUUCCCUCCCUCCUCACCCCGCAGUGAGCCGGAAUGAGCGCAGCCACUGCCCAUCACAGACGGUGAAGAAGCUCCUAGAAGAACAAAGGCGCCGCCAGCAGCAGCCUGACGCUGGUGGGCUACCGGGACAGUUCCUGGCUCCCCUGGCCCAGCCCCUGACCCCAUCUGUGAAUGAGGGUGAAGCUGGACCCCCUGGAUACUCGGCCCUAUGCAGAACCUUCCCUGCCACAGGCAGGAUCCUGGAGAGGUUCUGGACUCCCUUCAGGACCCCCACAGUUGCCUCCUGUGGUCAACGGACCAUCCCUGGACACUGCCCGUGCUCACAUGCUGGCUUUGGGGCCACAAAAGCUGCUGGCCCAGGAUGAGGAGGGAGACACGCUCCUGCACCUGUUUGCGGCUCGAGGGUUGCGCUGGGCCGCGUACGCCGCAGCUGAGAUGCUCCAAGCGUACAGACAUCUGGACAUUCGUGAGCAUAAGGGCAAGACCCCUCUUCUGGUGGCUGCUGCUGCCAACCAGCCCCUGAUUGUGGAGGAUCUACUGAACCUGGGAGCGGAACCCAACACCACUGACCAUCAAGGGCGUUCUGUCUUACACGUGGCCGCUACAUAUGGGCUCCCAAGAGUUCUCUCGGCUGUGAUUAACUCAGGGGUUCGAGUUGACAUCGAAGCCAGAGACUUCGAGGGCCUCACGCCUCUCCACACAGCCAUCCUGGCCCUCAACGUUGCUAUGCACCCACCCGACCUAUAUCCCCCAGUACUGAGUACCCAGGCCCAAGACAGGCUGGCUUGCGUCAAGAUGUUGCUGCACAUGGGUGCUGAUCAUACCAGCCAGGAGAUCAAGAGCAACAAGACAGUUCUGCACUUGGCUGUGCAGGCUGCCAACCCGACCCUGGUUCAGCUGCUGCUGGCGCUGCCACGGGGAGACCUGCGGGCCUUUGUCAACAUGAAGGCCCACGGGAACACAGCCCUCCACAUGGCGGCCGCCCUGCCCCCUGGGCCGGCCCAGGAGGCCAUUGUGCGGCGCCUGCUGGCAGCUGGGGCGGAUCCAACGUUGCGCAACCUGGAGAAUGAGCAGCCUGUCCACCUGCUACGGCCCGGGCCGGGCCCCGAGGGGCUCCGGCAGCUACUGAAGAGGAGCCGUGUGGCACCCCCAGGCCUGUCCUCUUAGGACUCAGACCCAGAACCUGGACUGAUUUUCCAGUCCCCACCGUCCUGUGGGACAGCCAGCGUAUGCUAAUGUUGCAAAUCCGUGAUAAUGUAUGUGCAUAAUGUCCUGCCAUCGGGGUCUUACAUUAAAACCCCAAAAUGGCUGUUGGCGGGUAAACAGUCCCCAAUAUUUGGGGUGGUAUGAUACCCUUCCCCCACCCACAAGGAGCCCCCUUGAUGAUUUCUGUGAAAUCGAGGCCCCUUGAUUGUUUCUGUGAAACACACUGGACCCCCAACCCUUUCCCCACCAGGAUCUUUUGGGGUCCAGAUGUAACUCCCCAUAUGGUACUUGGGGUACGCCAAAACAGCUUCCGGUACCAUCCUAGUAGAGCUCCUAAGAUGACCCCUGACCUCCCCAGGAUCCACCCCCUUCAGGUCCUUAACCCUGAGACAUAGGAAGGACUCUCGAUUAGAGUCCCCUGGGUCCUACUGCUUUAAGUCAGAACACAACCAGGCCCCUGACCCAGACCUCAGUAUUUCUAGUGAAUCCCUCCCCUAUCUGAA